UGCAAGUAAGGGCAACACUCUCAUGUGUGAGGACUGCAAACCGAAGUUUCUCUAAAAACUUCAGGUUGUGUUCUACUGAUUUCAUGGCUCUCCUCACAAACGUCACCAUCCUCCUGGUCUUGGCUUGUGUUUCCUAUCAGGUGAUGUUGGGUAGCUGCCAAAAGAGCGGUGGACGGAGGGGACGAGGCAUGGACAAAGGACAGCACAAGAAUAGGUCAGGAGCAAAAGUGGGCCGCCAAACAAAGCCCGUCUCUGCACAGCUCAUGAGAGGCAAAGUGGUCACCAAAGACAAGUUUGAAUGUGCCUGGGUUGCAACAGGUGAAGAUAUCGUCAUUCUCAGCAUCACGUGCAAGAAGGAGGACAGGAGCUUCAGCUGCGAGUAUAUUGCCAGACCUACUGCUUGUCCUGAGUAUGCCUCAAAUGUUAAACUUUACUGGAAGCAGAUCGGCAGGGAGCUGAAGAAGCUAAACAGUCUCUGCCAGGACAGCAGUGCUUUUGUCAGGGCAGGUAUGUGCAGAAGAGCUGCCAGAGAGGCUAAUUUCAGACUGAAUGUAACACAGAGGGUGAAGACUUCUCCACUGUAUACCCCAACUUCUCCAGUCAAAGCUGUAAAAUCCUGUCAAGCUGAUAACAGGAAGAGAGCAGAGGAGUUCUGCAACAACUCCUGGUCAAGUGUUUGCACAUUUCUAUUUACUAUGGUGCGGGAUUAUGAUUGCUGAUACAGAAAAACUGGAAUUAGUUCAGCUUUUCUGCAGUCACAUACAGUAAAUACUUGUCCCAUAGAUUCUUCAUAUAGAUGCUUGCUGCUCAACAAAAACAUACUCAAUGAACAGUUUUUGAUCUAUCGCUUUUGGAGAAAUUUGUGUAAGCGUUCAAGCCUACUGAGACAGAUAUAAUAUGUAGAAUAUUAGUUUCUCGAUUUUUAUUUCUUUUCCUGUAACUUGUAAUUUCACUUGGUUUUUUUUUUUCCUAUUAUAGCCAUAUUGAAAUUACCUCUCCUUCUCAAUAUAAAAUGCCUACUUAAAUAAAAAGACAAAAUACUCCUUAAAAUAAUGUCAAACCAUUUUCUGUCUCUCCCAAAUGUGCACAGUCU